GUGCGGAGAGGGGGGUCCUCUGUGCUCUCUGAGCGCUGCCCAGGAGCAGAAAGCUGUGACAGGGAGAGGACUGGGAGUAGCGGAUACCCGGUCCCACGCGCGCCUUCACCUUCGCCCACUGGAAUAGUUUCGGCUCCACCGCCCCCCGAGGCCAUCCUCCGAUAUCUACAGCAGCUGGACCCCACCACGCCCCUGGGAAAGCCUGCAACAUGGCACAGGUCCAGAAGAAGACCACCACCAUGUCCCUCACCAUCUCCUCCUGCUCCAGGGAGUCGUCCUCCUCCACCGUGAUCCAGCAGCGGCACUCCAGCCUGGUGCAGCCGCUGUGCAUCAGCCCCCAGAGGACCCAAAGUCCAUCAUACAGCCAGCAUUAUUCUGGGAAUGGAGGUGUGGCCCCAACAUUUGUAAAGUGUCUCCAUGACGUCAGCACGGUGAAGGGCCAGCUGGUGGUUCUGGAAUGCCGGAUCCGCGGAACGCCGCCGCUGCAGGUCCUGUGGUACCGGGAGGACGAGCAGAUCGAAGAUUCGGCAGAUUUCCGUAUCCUCAGGAAGAAAGCCAGUUCUGCAUCAGUACCCGAGGAAUUGUGCACACUGGUCAUCACAGAAGCCUACCCAGAGGAUUCUGGGCUUUUUAAGUGCAUUGCGGGUAACCAGUAUGGCACAGUGUCCUGCAGUGCCUUUCUGGAGGUGUACAGUGACCUGGAUGAGGUGCUGUCGAACGAGGAGCCUUCGGGGGUGUCCGUCGGGCAGGACUCCGAUGACUUCCCCUCUUUCCUCCGGGAUGCGGCCGAAAUCCCGCCCCCGGAGUGGCCGAGCAGCCCGGAUGAGGAGAUGACCCCUCUGUCGGGCGCAUCUCCGGAACUGCAGGAGCUGAAUAAAGGCACAGGCGAGCCCUACAGCCCCUCCGGAGAGAGCAACCACAGCUCGAUAUCCCGCAGCACUCCCGAGGCCUGCUCCCCCUCCACACCGCCGCCGCCGCCCGCCAAGGAGAGGCCGCCAUCAGCCGAGCCGCCCGCGACGAGCGCCACCCAGGCCAGCAGCCAGCGUCACCCCGGCAACAGCAUGAGCGUCGCCGACCUGCCCAGCUUCACCCCCUCCCUGUACCCGCCCACCGCCUUCAACUACGAGCGGCCCCGCCACUUCAUCCAGUCCCAGCCUCACUUCCAGGCCCCCAGCUACGAGAGCGUGCAGCAGUCCCCGGGCUCCUACCCCAACGGCAGCACCUCCUCGUCCACGCUGAGCUCCCCCACCUCCACCCCCGCGUCCUCCGCCGUGGGCUCCCCCCGGGAAGCCCUGCCCCCGCAGCCCCCCCAGCCCGUCUCCCCGUCCCGGGCCCCCAUGCGCUCCAGCGUCACGCUGAUCCCCAAAUCCACCGCCAAUCCCCAACCGAAACCCCAACCCCAACCCAGCACCCCUCCACCGCCGCCUUCCUCUCCUCCAUCCUGCCAUGCCAGACCACCCCCAGCCCAAAUCGGCCCCCGCCCCUCCCCCAAAACCCACCUCCCCGACCCGCUCCCCGCAUUCCCCCCCUCCCCCCAAGCCGGUCGACACACCUCCCGCCUCCCAGUCCUUGCCGCCAAUAAUCUCCUCACUCCGCCACCCCCCAGCCUGUCCCCGUCCCUCCCCAAGCCCACAGCCACAUUGCAGCAGAGCGUGGCCCCCUCCUCGUUCGUGUCUCUGCCUGCCAGCUACAAAGGCUCUUCCAACAGCCUCCCCAGGCCCAUCCUGAAGAAGACGGCCUCCCGGCCGGUGUCCGUCUCCACCGACGAGGAGAUCCAGGGCUCCAAGGACGCCCUCAUCCAGGACCUGGAGAAGAAGCUGCGCUGCAAGGAGGCGCGGAGGAGGAACAACAGCCAGAAGCUGUCCUAUGAGGAGCGCAUGGCCCGGCGGUUGCUGGGGCCCGACAACGCGGCCUCCGUCUUUGACCUGGAGAAUUCCCCGGACUCCCAUUCUGAGCAGCCAGAUUCACCAGAAGGAAGGCACACUGGAGGAAUAUGGAGUGCACAGCAUUCUGGGACUGAUGGCAACGAGGGCUCGGCGAUCCAGGAGAAGUGCUACGCCCCGCGAUUCCUGCAGGUGCCCCAGGACCUCACGGUGGAGGAGGGACGCUUCUGCAGGAUUGACUUCAAGGUGGGGGGGCUGCCCAUCCCGGACGUGUCCUGGUACCUGAACGGCCAGGCCAUCCGGCCCAACGAGUACCACAAGAUGCUGGUGUGCGAGAAGGGCAUGCACUCCUUCAUCAUCGAGGUGGUGACGGUGGACCACGCCGGCGUCUACGAGUGCGUGGCCAAGAACCGCGCCGGCGAGAGCCGCUUCUCCCUGCGCUUGGACGUCAUUGCCCAGGAAAUGCUGCGCCCCCCCACCUUCGUGCAGAAGAUGCAGAACUCGCGAGCCCUGGAGGGGGACACCGUGAGGCUGGAGUGCAAGGUGGUGGCCUCCCCCCCACCCCAGCUCUACUGGAAGAAGGACAAGGAGAUGUUUCAGAUCAACCCCAACAGGAUGAGCAUGUACCAGGACAGCGCGGGACGGCUGUGCCUCCUGAUCAACAGGGUGGAGAAGAGCGACGCCGGCUGGUACACGCUGUCCGCCAUCAACGAGGCCGGCAUGUCCAGCUGCAACGCCCGGCUGGAUGUGGGAACUCGCUUGAACAAGGUUGCCCCUACUGGCAAGCACGUGAAAGUGCGCCCGGCACUCACCAGCCUCUCGGUGCUGAGCCCAGACAGCGCCCAAGAGAAGACUGCCCCCCUGUACGAGAGCGAGGAGCUAUAGACACCCUCCCCCCCACCCUUACCCCCCCUGACCUGACCCCCCUCCCCAACCCACCCCACCGUUUGUGUGCUACCCUUCACACCCGUCCCAGAGUCAGCCCUCCAUCCAGCUGUCCCUCUGUUCCUGUCCGAGAGGGGGGGG